AUGAAGCGGUCGCAGGAUCUCUCGUCUCUUGUGGCGGAUCCUGAACAAUCCACUUCGUCUCCAGCUCAGAAGAAGUUCAAGGCCGCGGCUAGAGUCUCGCCAGGGAUCGACAUGCCAGACGGAGAACCCGAACAGUCUCUCGACGACGGUGACGAAAACAACUGGACGAAAAUUGAAAGGCGCAAGUCCAGGAAAGCGAAGAAGGCGGAAGCAAAACUUGAUGCGAGCCCACCCAGAUUCAUGUAUUCAAAGGGGGAGAUCUUGAAGAGAAGGGAUGCAGUGGGCAUCAAUGACAUCCGAGAUUUGGUCCUCCAUCUAUCUACCGAUGCUCCACCUCCAGGUUGGGUCAGAGUUGAGAAUCCACGCUCAGUGCAAAAAGUGGUUGCGCUUUUGAUCCCAGGGAUCACGCCAGACAUCAUAUCUUUACCUCCUCUUCCUACUUCCGCCACAGCUAACCCUAACCUCCCGCUGCCCAUCCCAUUACCAGAUGAUUCCCCUGCAGAAGGCUCAUCGCGUGGGCUUUCGUUCAUUGGGCGAACAUUCAGUCAUGCAUGUCCCACUCGAGCACCGGGCGAUCAAACGCGAAUGCAUUCAGUCUUGAACAGCUUUUUCCAAGGCCCAAUUACUGGAGAGGAAAAGAAAAGACGGUUGAUAGAACGAGUGACCUCAGAACGUGCGUGGGAGAAGACGCCGAUGCGUUACGUGCUUACCACGGAGCAAAUGCUAGAAAAUGACUACCCCUUGCCAUCAUAUAUCGCUGAGGUUUUCGAGAAGCCACUGGGAUGGGUAGAGACCCCUGCUCCCGACACUUCUACUGAAUUGGCAGGCAAUAUGCCACGAAUAUUUGCAAUGGAUUGUGAGAUGUGUAUGACAGAGGACGGAAAGGAACUUACACGAGUGUGCUUGAUUGACUAUGUAUCGGGUAUUGUUGUGUACGAUCAACUAGUCAAACCACUCAAACCUGUUUUGGAUUACCUCACAAGGUGGUCAGGUAUCACCGCUGAAACACUAAAUCCCGUUACCACAACAUUUGCCGAAGUGCAAAAGCACGUCCUAUCCCUUCUUUCCGUGACACCUACACCAGUUCUUCUCGGGCAUUCGCUAGAAUCCGACUUGAAAGCUCUGAAGAUCUGCCAUCCUCAGUGUAUCGAUACUGCUGUGAUCUACCAUCAUCCACGGGGCAAGCCACUCAAGCCGGGCCUCGCAUGGCUCACGAAGAAAUGGUGUGGGAGAGAGAUCCAAAAUCGUGGCGAGGGCGGACAUGAUCCCGAGGAGGAUGCACGGGCUUGCAUGGAUCUGUUGAAGAAAAAGCUUCAGAACGGUCCCGGCUUCGGCGAGUUCAAAAUCGAUAUGGAGUCAAUCUUCGAGCGGAUGUCGCGGUCGCGGUCAGGCGCCCCCGCUACCGCGGUUGUUGAUCACGGUAACCCGGCUGCUUGGCAUGGCUCUAAAGCGACUACCACGAUCGGUUGCAUGACAGAUGACGAAGUGCUUGAAGGGCUUUUAGGAGCGAUGCCAUCCCAUAGUUUCUCAUUCGCCCGCUUCACGGGCCUAGCAAACGCCUUGGGAUGGAUUACAAACAAAACCAACGGUGAUCUCAUCCCGGACGCCCCCGCACCAGCUGGGCCAUCACCGGCCGACGUCACCGAGGCGCUAGUCACUCUAGAUACACAGCUGAAGCUGCUGUAUGCUGCGCUGCCUCCGCGGACGGCGCUGAUUAUCUUUACGGGGCACUCGGACCCGCGCCGAAUGGCCGAGCUCAACGCACGUAAGACAGCGUUUGAGGGCGCGCUUAGGCAAGGAAAGACCCUGGAGGAGCUUCCCAAGGAGCAAUGGUGGACGAAUGCAGACGGGCGUACGCUGGAAGAGGAGGUUGAGAGGGCGAAGCGGGGAUUACUGUUCUUGGGCGUGAAAAAUGGGUCUUAG